AUGCCGCCUUCUCUUCCCCCAAUCUCCACACUCCCCUCCCUGCCCGAAACUACCCAAACUCAAGUCCUCGACACCCUCUUUGAGUCCUCCAAAGACUUACAUACUAUUGCCCUCCCCCUCCUUGCCCAUCAAACUUUCUCUUCUUACCCUUCUCUCAUCAAUGCAGUGGGCGCUCGCAUGACGGCUCUCUCCGCAGCAAAUUCUUCCCAAGACAGAAAGAUUUUGCAUGGGAUUCUAGGCGCGCAUCCUCGUCUUGGGGAGAAAAAGCAGGCAAGCCUUAGUGAGUUGAGUAGGCAAGAACAGGCGGGGUUAAAUGCCGGAGCGGGGGAAGAAGGAAAAAAGGCGCAGGAUGAGAAUGUGAGGAAGAAGGCAGAGGAAGAGGCAGCGGAAUUGAAGAGGUUGAAUGAUGAAUAUGAGGAGAAAUUUACCGGAUUGAGAUACGUGGUGUUUGUAAACGGACGUCGGAGAGAGGUCAUAAUACAGGACAUUCGUCGGCGUAUCGACAGGGGAGAUAUAGAGAAGGAAAAAGAGGAGAUUAUACAAGCAAUGUGUGAUAUCGCAAUUGAUCGGGCACAGAUGCUCCAAAGCUGA